UCCUCACCGCGCCGCGCCAGCGCCCCCCACCCCGCCGGCUCCGCCAGCCCCGCGCAGAGCCGACGGGGUCCCAGCCGGUGCGGAGCCGCAGAAGCGGGAUGGGCCUGGGCCCCGCCGCCCGCGGGGAGAGAAGGCGUCGCCUCUCUCGCUUACCCCGGCCCCGCCCCGGCCCCGUCCCGGGAGCCGCAGAAGAAUCAUCUCAAGCGUUGGUCCAGCUCUCGCCCAAGGAGCCACAGCAGGGAACCUCAGAGCUGAGCAGAAGCAGCCAGGAGGGGGAGAAGCCCGUAGUUAACUUGGAGACCACACCCCAGGAGAAAAGAGCAGAGUUGAAUUCAGCCCCGAAGCCUGAGAGCGCCGGGAAAUUGGCAAAGCAAGCCGCUGAGGGCAAACCAAGGCCCAGACCCGGAGACCUGAUUGAGAUUUUUCGAAUUGGCUAUGAGCACUGGGCCAUCUACGUGGAAGACGACUGCGUGGUGCAUCUGGCUGCCCCGAGUAAGGGUGAGGAAUUCGAGGUGGGCAGCAUCACUUCCGUCUUCAGCAACCGCGCGGUGGUGAAGUACAGCCGCCUGGAGGACGUGCUGCACGGCUGCUCCUGGAAGGUCAACAACAAGCUGGACGGGACGUACCUGCCCCUGCCCGUGGACCAGAUCCUCCAGCGCACGAGAAAGAUGAUCAACAAGAUCGUGCAGUACAGCCUGAUCGAAGGGAACUGCGAGCACUUUGUCAAUGACCUCAGAUACGGCGUGCCUCGGAGCCAGCAGGUGGAGCACGCACUCAUGGAAGGCGCGAAGGCUGCGGGAGCGGUCAUCUCAGCCGUCGUGGAGAGCAUUAGGCCCAAGCCCAUAACGGCCUGAAGGAGCUCGGAACUGCAAGCAGAGGAGGAGCUGCUCUCAUCAGCAGGCACGACGUGCCUCCUUGCCUCCCCUUGCCUUCUUUUUCCAUAGCCCCACUCGAGUAAAUUGUGAACUUCUGGAAGAAUCUAGAAUGUAUCCAAAGACCCCUCCAGAAAUACAUCCAAUAUAUGUGAUCCUAGAUCCGUGGACUCUCGGGGUGAGAAGAAACUAAUAUUUAUUAUUAUGUAAUAUUUAUUAUUAUGCUUCUGUUAGGCACCAGGCAUCGUGCUAGGCAUUUCCUAGGCUUGUGUCAUCUCCCUCCCGGUGGGAAGGGUCUUGCUGGUUUCUCAGGCUGACUCUGGUCUGUGAUGUAUGAAUACCACCUAUGCCAUCCUGGAAACCUCUGCUCGAACAUUCCCAGGAACAGAGAGCUCUUUUUCAGAAGUUCUUGUUCUUGAACUAGAAUGUCUCUAGCUUGUUGCCCUCACACGCGUCCAGCUCUUCCUGACCCGCAGCGCUGUGCGGGGGCAGGAGGGCUUGAAGGAAGCUCAGCGGCUUGCUAUGCAGGGUCCCCUGUGCUUAAUCCAAAAUCAUACACCAGCCUUAUUCUCUAUUGCUGAACACCCCGUGCUUUAAAGUAUGAUCAACAUUUACUUUGCUUUUCUACCUUAGAAUUACUGGAAAGUUGGAAAUAGUUAUUUUCACUGAUUUCAGAGAAAUACUUAAAAUAAUUUCCUCCGCGGACUUCUGUGAGCACGAGGGAGAGGAAGGAGUGAUUUUUGUGUGUGUGUUGACUGCUGUUGGCAUGAAAGCAGAUCUAGAAUGAAGACCAGGGCCUGUUGGUGCUCACUGAGAGACGAAGGGAUCCAGGAAGGCUAGACAGGGCCUCUCAGAAUGGCUAGGAUCCAUGAGUGAUGUGGAC